AAGUAAUAUUUUGAUGAUCAUCAAACCAAAAUAAGUGAUGUCCUUCAUCAAGCUGGCUACAAUUUAUUAUUAGAGUGAGAUACACUAUGGGAUUACGAGUUAAGAGUGAAAGAGAGGUUGGAUAGAAUUUAAUCUGAAGAUGUAUGAAUGAUUAUUUCAUUACAUGUUGCGCAGUGGAGAACAAAUUAAAAAACAUAUUGAUUCAACUAUGGUUGCUCGGCUCGUUUGACGUUUUGUAAUUUUCGUGAAAUUUUCAGGAUUCUUAAAUUUUCAGCUAUUCUAUUUUAAGAUCCAUGACUGAUAACAUUUUCUAGUAUUUUGUGUUAAUUUGCAGUCAGUCAUGUGCCCUGCGUCUGUUUUGAUGUCGCUAUGAAAUUAAUUCUAUGAAUAGUGCGAAGUGUCGUUUGGAAGGGUGGAACUCGAUUUUAAGUGGAUAAUAUGCUAUGGAACGGCAAGAAAGGAUGGAAAGGGCGAUGGCUGUGGGUCCUGGUGGCCAUCGCACUGUGCCCACUGGUUCUCGCGCAAAAAAUAGGUGACCCGUACAAGAUUCUUGGCAUACACCGCAGGGCCACCCUGUUCGAAAUACGCAAAGCCUACAGGCAACUAGCUAAAGAGUGGCACCCAGAUAAAAAUGAAGAUCCGAAUGCAGAGUCUCGCUUUGUGGAGAUUAAACAAGCGUAUGAGCUUCUGUCAGACACCGAGAGACGGCAGGCGUAUGAUCUGUAUGGCAUUACGAACGAAGACGAACACAUGUACAAACCAAGGCAUGACUACAGCCAGUAUGCUAGAUUCAGCAAUGACCCAUUUGAGGAAUUCUUUGGCACCCACUUCAGAACACAAGAUCAGGAUAUUACAUUAUUUCACAAACUGUCUGUGACAACACGCCAUUUCGAAAACAACAUAAUCGAGAAGAGCGUCAACACGCCGGCUAUCGUCCUGUUCUACACCGACUGGUGUUUCGAGUGCGUCCGCUCGGCGGCGGCGUGGCGGCGACUUGUAGAUGCGUUGCAGCCAUUGGGCGUGACGCUAGCGACAGUCCACGCGGGUCACGAGGCGGGAUUAGCGCGGCGCGUGGGCGUGCAUGGAGUGCCAUGUCUCACGCUGGUGUUGGAUAAACAUGUGUACAUUUACAAGGAGGGGCUGUCGUCGCUGCCGAAGAUAUUAGAGUUCAUCCGCUGGAAGUUCCCGUACAAGCUGGUGCGCGGCAUUAACAACGGCAACGCGGAAGCCUUCGUGUCGGACUUCGAGGACAACAAGGUGAAGGCGCUGAUCUUCGAGGAGCGCGCCACCAUCCGUCUGCGGUACCUCAUCGCCGCCUUCCACUAUAGAGACAGAGUUGCUUUUGGCUUCGUUGACAUGACGGCUCGCGAUACCCAGAACGUGACAGCGCGAUACAAGGUCCAGAGACAAACCGACACUAUGGUUCUCCUUAAAGAAGACAGUGAGGAACCAGCAGCCACUGUCAGCACCACCGAGAUUCCAACGCAGACGCUGCACCAGCUGAUUGAAGCUAAUCAGAUGCUGACUCUGCCUAGACUGUCUUCACAGAGCGUGCUGGAGCGCGUGUGCCCUGUGGAGUGGCGCGCGGCGCGGCGGCGGCUGUGCUGCGUGCUGGUGGCGCGCGCGGGCGGCGGGCUGCGCGCGCUGCGGCGGCUGGCGGCGGCGGCGCCCGAGCGGCUGACCUACGCCUACGUGUACGCGCACGCGCAGCACCAGUUCGUGGCCGCGCUCGCCGCCGGCGCAGGUCAGUCUCAUCAUCGGGCUUCCCAGGUUCUUACGGGGCACGGCUGCUUUAAUAAAUAA